AUGGAAUUAAAACACGUGUUCCUUUUGCCUAUCCUAUUCGCAGCAGCUCUCUACACCGAAGAUGGCGCUGUAGUUCAACUCACUGAAGCUAAUUUUGCUACAGAAGUGCUUAACUCUGAAGAUUUUUGGAUAGUCGAAUUUUUUGCCCCUUGGUGUGGCCAUUGUCAAAAAUUAGCUCCAGAAUACGAAAAAGCAGCCGAGUCUCUCAAAGGAAUUGCUAAGCUUGGUGCAGUCGAUAUGACUAAGCAUGGUGUUGUAGGCAACCCAUACUCUAUCCAAGGCUACCCCACUCUAAAAGUGUUUUACACAGACAAAAAAAAUCCACAAGAGUAUUCAGGAGGCAGAACAGCCAAAUCAAUUGUCAAUUAUGUCCUAAAGCAGCUUGGAAAAGAAGUUGAAGAUGAAGAGCCAGAACCUUCCAACGCUCCUCUCUACACAGAAGAUGGUUCUAUUGUUCACCUCACAGAGGCCAAUUUCGCUACAGAAGUGCUUAACUCUGAAGAUUUUUGGAUUGUUGAAUUUUACGCUCCUUGGUGUGGCCACUGUCAAAAAUUAGCUCCAGAAUACAAAAAAGCAGCUGAGUCUCUCAAAGGGAUCGCUAAGCUUGGUGCAGUUGAUAUGACUAAAGAUGGCCUAGUAGGCACUCCUUAUAAUAUCCAAGGCUACCCAACCCUAAAAGUAUUCCACACAGACAAAAAAAAUCCUCUUGAUUACUCAGGAGGCAGAACAGCUAAAUCAAUUGUUAACUACGUCUUAAAACAGCUUGGAAAAGAGCCAGAAACCUCCAAAUCGGCGCUUGUGGAAGAAGAAGUCUACGUCCUAACUGAUGACAAUUUUGAAAAUAUUGUGAAACAAAGCAAAGAUGUGUGGCUUAUUGAUUUCUAUGCACCUUGGUGUGGACACUGUAAAAGCUUAGCUCCUGAGUUUGCAAAAGCAGCAGCUGAAUUAAAAGGACAAGUCAAAUUAGGAAAAGUUGAUGUCACUGAAAACACUGAAUUGGCUGAAAAAUUCAAAGUCUCUGAAUACCCGACACUUAAAAUUUUCCCACCAGAAAAUAAAGAAGAAUAUGAAGCUUUUAUUAAUGCGAGAAGCUCUGAUGUGAUUGUAAAGACUGCACUGGAAAAACUUGAUUCUUAUGGGGUAUCAAUACCGAUUUCACAAUUCACAAAACUAGAAGUCCUUCAAAAAAAUUGCGAGAAAAAUGUAUAGAAAAUUCCUGGGGAUAGCGCAGAAUACGCUAUCCCCAGGACCAACCGGGAUCGGAUCCCACAUGGAACGAGGGUUCCAUGUGUGGAUCCAUUUUUGACACGUGAAAGUAAAUAUCUCACAUGUCAAAAAUGGAUCCACACAUGGAACCCCCGUUCCAUGUGUGGAUCCGAUCCCGGUGGUCCUGGGGAUAGCGUAUUCCGCGCUAUCCCCAGGAAUUUAGUAUAUGUAUUAUAGGAUUUUUACCACAUAUUUAUGACAGUUCUGCUGAAGAGAGAAAAUUAAGUUUAAUCAUUUGGUGUUUGUGAUAUCUAGUGAAUCUCCCAAAAAGGGAUUAGGCUAAAUUAAUAAUGUUUCGGAGUUUUUUGCACCUAAAAUAUCAUAAAUAUUCCUUCACUCAUCUCACUAGCGUAACUGUGCAUUUUACUUGGUGUCUUGUCUUAGCUCCUGUGCUUGCUUCGCCUAAACGUUAUCUCAAGUGUGCUAACAGAUACAUCAUAAGCCUUUCCAAAUAUCCAAAGACUUAGGCUAGAGAGCUCUAUCCCCCUCCCCUUAACUUUUUGAUAUAUCUAUAUAUAGGUUCUCUGACAAGAAAGGGCUUCAAAAUAAUAAAAAUGAACUUAGAAUAGAAAUUUUGGCUAGCAAAAUUUCAUAUGCAUCAGCAUUUCAUUAUUAUACCGAAGAAAGAAACAGAUAUUUAGAAGUUUUCCAAGAAUUAGUUAAAAAGAACAGAGGAAAACCUAUUUCAUUUUUGUGGGCACAAGCAGGAGACCAUUAUAAGUUUGAACAAAUGGUCGGAGUAGGGAUGGGAUACCCAGCUGUUAUAGCAAUUAGCUUGCCGAAAUCAAGAUUUGCACUCAUGAGAGCAGCAUUUAGCAUGCAAGAAGUAAACUCAUUUGUGAACAAAAUUUUAAUUGGAGGAGUUUCUUUACAGGAAUUUAAAGAGCUUCCAAAAAUUGCAGAAGUGGAAGCUUGGGAUGGAAAGGACAAACAACCAGAAUAUAGAUCAGAAGACUUAUAA